AUGAGACUAAGGUGUACAAUAACAAAGCGAAUUGCUAGUUCAGUUGAUAGCACGUCGCCAUCACCACCAUCCUUCUGGUCAAAUGAGGGGAUUUUUGAUCGAACCGUUGAUGUUACAAGAAGACGUUUCGCAAGUGCUUCCAAUUCUACCACUUUCACUAUAGCUGGUGAUGAUUGCCCUGCAUCGUCUGAGCGUAGUUCAUCGUUGUUUACAUCUGAUGAGGAGGCAUCAUCCCCAGCCAUAAGUAAUAGUGAUGCCUAUCCAACCACUGCAAAUUCAACAACCGAUUUCACUGGCAGUGGUAUUUUUACUGAAAGUGGUAGUGAUGCGAAGCGGCAAUUCAGUAAUGAGCGACGCAAGCAACUGUGUGAUCAUUUGUCGUCGUCGCUGUCACAUUCCACUUCGUCUUCUCCUUGCUCAAAACAAAAGAAUUGCGAUGCAGUUAAUAAAAGCGAACACGACACUAAUCAACGAUCGUCUCCUAUUUCGUCACAAAGUAGCACUCAGUCUCAGCAAGAUAAACAGCAACAAGUGAUCUCUCCAUCAAAGUUAUUACGCAAAAUUAGUGUACGACUUAAACAGCAGUUACAAUCAACGCUCAGUGAUCCGUUAAAACGUCACACGUUUAUCACUGACGCUGUCGGUGGUGAAGGGGAGCAGAGUAUAUCAACUGCAGAAUUAAUGCGACAAAAAAUGUUUCAAAUAACCAAUAAAUUCAUAUUACCAAAGUUUUUGAUUGAUGAAAAAGAACCGCAUAAGAACAGCAUCAACAAUAGUGGUGCAGCAGUGGACGUUUAUGGUAAUGCAAAUGACGAACUUUCAUCAAGUGCUGAGUCGAAUGAUCCCGAAUUUAUUGAACUGCAAGAAAGAUCUGCAAUUGUAGAAAAGUACGAAAAAGGUGCAGGCCAAGUUGUGGAAGAAUGGGAGAAUCCAGACUUUGAACUGUAUAAAAUAACGGAUCGAUUUGGAUUUGUACAUAAAAACGAUGAGGUAUUAUCGCAGUCACAAAUUGAUGAAAAGAAAAGGAUUGCAAAAGAGACAUCAAGAGAGCGAAAGUGGUUGCGUAUGAUGGCCACAUGGAAAGCUGGAAAGACAGUUGAAAAAUUGCGAGACAGAGUAUGGAAAGGAAUACCUGAGAAGUUGCGUUUAGUGGUGUGGACAUAUCUUUUGGAAACAGAACGUUACAAACGAGAUUCACCAUUCAAUGUUUAUAAAGAACUCUUAAUGAGAGCCAGACUUGUUUCACGAGAUAUCAAGCAAAUUGAUUUGGAUAUUAACCGAACAUAUCGAGACCAUUUAGCGUUCAGGAGACGAUAUGAUGUAAAGCAACAGUCAUUAUUCAAUGUGUUAGCUGCAUAUGCGAUGUUUAAUACGGAAGUUGGUUACUGUCAAGGAAUGAGUCAAAUAGCAGCAUUGUUCUUGAUGUAUAUGGAUGAAGAGGAUGCGUUUUGGUGUCUUCAUGCUUUAUUAGUGAGCAAAAAGCAUGCGAUGCAUGGUUUCUUCGUACCGGGUUUUCCAAAAUUGAUCAGGUUUCAAGCACAUUACGAAAGAGUCCUUCACAAAUAUUUACCGCGAUUGAAAAAACAUCUUGAUAAAGCUGGUAUUCCGCCAAUAUAUUUAACGAAGUGGUGGUUUGGAUGUUUUUUGGAUCGAGUACCGUUCUCGUUAGCAUUAAGACUAUGGGACGUGUUCUUGUUAGAAGAAGCAGUCAGGAAAUUGCAAAUCGAGACGUUCAUGGAAUAUAUACAAACCACGAUUGCACAUGACUUUGGUUACACGGAUGAAGAAGUUAUGCAAUCACUACGUGAAUGUUUACGAAAAUUGCAAAAUGAUCGUAUGACACUACCGCCUCCACCAGGCGCCAAUGAUCCUCCUGAAUUUCCAGUGAAGCCUUUAGGACCAGUACUUUCACGGUCGAUGUUCGAUAUACGAAUGGAUAUUGCUGAAAUUGAAAGUCGCUGCUCACGGGCGAAUUCAUUAGCUGGUAAAUCACCAGUCGUUUCGAGACGCCAUCGAAAUGCACCACCGAUACGUCCCAACAUUAUUGCUGCUAGGAGUGAAUCGUCCAAGAAAAAUUUACCGCCAACAGCCAACGAGGCUGUUGUGAAUGAAAGAAUCGCGACCAGAACAUCAUCGGUACCAGCUGAUCAAAAACCGAGGCAAAUCACGAACUCACCAACAUUUUCACCACAUUCUUCACCUCCUCCUGAACCUCCAGUAGACUAUCACGGCUCGGCGAUGGCUACUCGUCGUGCAGUGAUCAAUAGUAGCAAUUCAACUAAGGGCGCUGUUACGUCUGAAUCGUUUCAUCCUGCUGUGUCUACGUCACCACCAUCGCGGAUCACAUCUUCAUCGGCACAUCAUCCUUCAGAUCCGUACCAGCAAUCGGGCAGCAACAGUAAGCAACAAGCCACUCAUUCGUUAUCAUCAAACGUCGACAUUCAUCGAAAGCAACGCUUCCCACCAACUACAACUUCUCAUAGUGUCGUGAAGAGUGCCGAUCAAGUGUAUUAUAGCAGUAACGAUCAAUGUUCACACAAGAAACCACCUGUAGCAAUCAGUCAGCAACAUCAGCAGUUCACGUCAUCCAACAAUUAUCCGCAAAGUGGACUCAGUGAAUAUGAUAAAGCGAUAUCGUUCUCACCACCGUCAUCUUCUAAGGUGGAUGGUGACGUGCGAUUGAUAAAACGUGAUAGUUUCUAUGAUAAUAUCCCGACUCAACAACAGAAACAACGUCGUGACCUGAAUCUUUCAUCUGAUCAAAGUAAUGAUAAAAGAGAAAAAUACUCAUCAGUAUCGUCAUCUUCAUCGUCAAAACGAAAUACUGCUUUUGUGAAUGCAAGAGAUGAUAGCAAAAAUGUUACACAAUAUCGUCCUAGCAAUAAUAUUUUACCUGGUGAAUUGAUUUAUGAAUCUCGAAGUGAGGAUCGUUCAAUGGAAAGACGAUUCAGAAAUCAACAAAACAGUCCAACUUUAUUCGAAUCACGACGUCAUCAAACCGUUACCGAAGUUGAAACAAGAGUGAUUCAAAUGCCAAACAAUGUUACAUAUGUGAGUGUUGGCGAUGAAAGUGCUGAUAAUAAUCAAAGUGUGAUAAAUUACGAUACAACGCAAUCAGUCAGGCAACGUUUGCACUCAGAUUACGGCCCAUCUGGGAAAUUCGAGCCAGUAACGUCUCAUUUGUGCACACGGUCAGCAACUGAAGGCAGCGGUUAUCCUUCAUACGAUGAAAUGAGACGCCGUUACGAUCUGAGAAGCGUUGAAGAGAAAUCGAAGAGGCCAGUGACAACGGCAACAGUGAUCAAUAACGCAUCUCCAAGUAAACGUCAGCAAGUUGGACAAUCACAUCACCUAGCGUACACUGAACCAGGAUCAUUUGUAUCACAUUUUCGUGAGAAUCGCUCAUCACCAUCACCGUCAAUGUUACCACACGACAGCCAUAUGUUAACAACUCAACGAUCAUAUUUUCAACCGAUCACUGAUAGCAAACCGCCAUCAUCAUGGCAACCAGUAUCUUCCACCAGUACUAAUCCAGUUAAUACGAGUAGUAUUAAUACUGCUGCUAGUCGUAUCCCUGCAACUAGCACACCUACAACCAGUAGUAUUUCACGUAGAUUGCCUGUCGCUUCAUCAACACGUUCCUAUCAUCAGUAUUCACCACAUCGUUCAACUGAACUUCAUAAUACGAGCAAUACAAGCCGAACUACCACCAAACAUUCCAUCUUUUGA